AUGUCGCAACAGAUCUGGCGACGUGGACCUCGACCCGGGAUACGAUCAUACCUUACGGGGAGGAACUUAAGAUUACUGUGAAGCGCUGGUCAUCACUGGCACCAUUCUUUGCAUCUUGGGGCUACCAUCUCUAUGAACCGGACAUUGGGCCCCGGAUCAUACCACCAUCCUCAUCCGUACCACCCAGUGACAUUCAAGGCGACUGUUAUCCUUACCCGCGACGUCGCGUGAGAGACGAAAAAGGCCUCAUGUUCGACCAGAUUCAGGGAUGUAGAGUGUGGGCCGCGCGUGACAGAGUCGGAAGAGAAGUGAUCAUCAAGAUGGUAUCCGUGGGGGAGAAGGAGUCCGAUGAACUCAAAAUAUACAAGAGGCUAAAUGCACCUGAGGCUAGGGCUGAUCCUCGCAACCGCACUCUACCGGUCAUCGACUACAUCACAUACAAUGGCUUGGGCAUGGUGUUUCUGCACCAGCAUAGAAUAGCUCAUCGUGACGUCGACAUUCGGAACAUGGUCAUGAACGCGUUGUAUGAGAUUUGCGAGGGACACGAUUGCGUAGAAAUUCGCGAUCCCUCUGUUGUACGUUACGCUUAUAUCGACUUUGAAGCCUCCGCGAUUUUCCCCGUGGAUGCGGACAUCGGGAAAAUUGUAAUGGAGCGGGAGAGGAGGUUCAGAACACUGCACGCUGGGCUGGAAUCACCUGAGUCGAAUCCCUUUGCAGACGAUAUCUACGUUCUAAUUUACGUCCUGCAGCGUUGGGUCCGGGUCGUUGAGAAUGUCGUUCCUGAGAUUGGAGUGUUUUUCGACGAGAUCCUCUCGAGUUACUCCAGCGAUCUGUCAGCCAUCGAGGUUCUGAGCAAAUUUCGUCGCAUCCAGGCAGGACUUACACCAGAGCAGUUGAGGAGUCCCACCCCCGGCAGACUUUGGCACCAAGGUACUAUCUCCGUCUCCUCUUACAAUGGUUACCACCCACAUGUCUUCGUUUUUGCAGGAAAGGUGAAAAGGCAUAUCAACAACUGGGGGCCCGUAGGAAAUGAGCCUGCCAGUUCCUGA